AUGUUUGAAUCAAUAGUGAAUGAUUAUCUUGAAAGUACACCAUACAAGGAGUGGUUGAUCAUUGCCAUCUUGCAAUAUACAGCAUCAAAAUCUGAAUUAUCUAGAGAUACAAUUGACAUCCUCAAAACUGAUUCAUAUUCAGUACUACGGAAUGAUGUGAAACGUUUUAUCGAUGAAGUUCAAUUAAAAAACGAAAGAAAGGAAUUCAAUAUAGCAGUAUGUCGAAAUGUAACAUCAGCAAAUACAUUACAAACAUUAAAGGAACAUCGUGUGGCCAGAAUAGAAAUCGAGGAUAUACGCAAUGUGGAUGUAAAUGAAGUCACUGUAUCUACUGCUUUGAAGCGGAAGUCACAUCCCUCUCAAUCCGACAGCAGAAAUAAGAAAACUACAAUUGAUUUGAGUGAUCAAUCGGAAUCUGAUAGUGUAUUGUAUUAUGAGGACUCUGUGGAGAGAGUCCAGGAAGAAGUAGAUAUAUUUAGUGCUCAGAGAAUUGAGAGUGAGCUUGGUCAGUUACUGGAAAGUUUAGAGACAAAAUCGCACUUGGAAAAUUAUAACAUUAUUUGUCUUUUCGAUGUCGAAUUUCCUUACACGAAACAACUCUUUAAAAAAUUACCAAUGGAUCAGAUGUGCAUGAUAAAGAAUAAAUGGUCAGAGGCCGAAGAAUUUAUUAGUAAAAAAGAGAUCGAAGAAUGUUGGAAUGGGUGCUCAUUAAAGAAACUGGUGGACAAUAACCAUCGAAUCAUCCAAGAAAAUGGAAAUGAAGAUACUUUUUAUGUUGAUCUUAAUGCGCUUAUAACAUCAUUUACGAAACAACAAUUUGACAAAUAUGAACACCGAGAAACUUAUGAAUUGUUUUGGUGUCAGGAUUUCUAUACACGGAUGCAUAGUGCUUUGUUAGAUAGUAGUUCUAGCGAAUAUCAAUAUCGAGAUGAAAUCGUUAACCCUCUUCUGGCAUCAAUUUUUUACGAUGUUGAAGAUGCUCUGUGGAUAAAGACCGGAGAAAUUGAAAAUGAUUCACGAAAACGACAACGCAAUUUCACCAAACAAGAGAAUGAACGUGAGAGACUUGGAGAUAAACAUGAUGGAAUCCUAUACAUGAAUAUACGUGGUGUAAAGGUUGGAAUUGGAUUUAUCGAAGUAGUGGGAAAUGCGUUUGCUACUAUAACAUCUGACAAAAAUGACGAUUUAGAGAAAUUAUUAAAAGCAAUGACAAUAUCUCUUUGGUAUCAGCAUGCACACCGAUCUGGUGAGAACACCUCCAAAUUGCAAUCAUUUGCUGUGUUAGUGUAUGGACGUGAAUUUCAUUUUUUAAGCAUGCAUUUGAUUGGUGACAUGUAUGUCGUUGACGAAUAUGAUGCUUUUGUCAUACCAGACUCUGGUUUGAACCUUUUACAUAUUGGAGAUAUUGUCAAAAUAGUAAAGAAAUUCAAAAUACGAAUGAUCAAAUAUUAUCAUAAACUUAUUCAAAAGCCACGUAUAGUGACCCGGCCUCCAAUGUCAGGAUUACCGACUGCUUCACCAUCCAAGUCCAAAUAA